GUAAUAAAGCAGUUGAGUGAGUCUUAAGACUCACAGAAAUUUAUAAAUUUCUGUGAUAGUAAAUUAACGCGAUUACUUCAAGCUUCGUUGGGAGGCAAUGCAAUGACGGUCAUAAUAUGUGCGGUAACACCUGUUGCACUGGAUGAAACUCAAUGCACAUUAUCAUUCGCAUCUAGAGCUAGAAACAUAAAAAAUAAACCUGAAAUCAAUGAAGUUAUGUCCGAUGGUGUACUCUUAAAACGAUAUGCGAAACAGAUAGACAAGUUACAUACAGAAUUAGAGAGAAUGAAACAGCUAACUCAACAGACCGAUUAUCAAGAGAUGGAAUCUAAGAUACAGGAGAAAGAACGCAUUAAUCAGACCCUAGAAGAGCGCAUUAGAUUGUUGCAAACUCGGAUAGUCACUUCUGCUAAUUGCAAUAAUGCAGUAUCGUUUAAGACUAAAGAAAAAAGAAGACAGACAUGGUGCGGCACUGGUGGAUAUAAGUCGAAUACAUCUGCAUUUCAAAUGUGCACGAAUUUGUCACCAAUCAAAGAAAUGUCGCCUAUAAAAUCUCGCAACAGAAAGUCAGCUGAUAUUGCGAAUGCAUCAUUCCAAAUAGCCUUUACUGAUUUUGAACUGGAACUGAUGGAUAGUGAGGCAAAUCGUGAAGAAGAAAAUAGUAGCGAUGACGAUACUUUUGUGACAUAUCGUAAACACACUCGUGUUAAAUUUACAGAUGACGUAAUUAUUCACAAGUCGCCUAUAAAUUACAACGAUGAUAGCACUACAUCUGAGAAAAUUGAUAUAUCUAUUCAGACUGAAAGCCAUCAAUCUCCUGGUACACCAAAGCAGACUCUACGGGACAGAAUUCAUAAUUUGACAGAAGAAUAUUCACAGCUUAAAGAAUUUACAACCUUGGAGAAGCAGCUAUAUAUUGAAGACCAUUAUUCUGAACUUCAGGAAAAACUUGCAAGGUUUUCACAGUUGGAAAAGCAGUUGGAAAAUAUCACGACUGAUAAGAACUUUUUCGAACACAUAGCAUCUGAUCUUCGUAAAAAGUUAACUGCAGCUGAAUUACGUUACACUUUGACAGAAGAUAAACUAAACGCGCAAGAGUCAGAGCUACAAAAAAUACCAGAUUUAGAAAAGAAGGUCACGCAAUUAUCUGCGCUGGAGAUAGAGGUCCAAAAAGUUCCAGAACUACAAAAACAGAUAGCCCUUCUUACAGAUGAAAAAAAUGGAUAUGAACAUGUUGCGUCUGAACUGCGAAAAAAGCUUAACGAAGCUAAAGCAUGCAAUAUUUUAUUAGAAGAUAAAUUAACGACACAGAAUGUAGAAUUAGACAAACUCUCGUCGAAUAAAACUAUUUCUUCCGAAAAAGAUGAAUUGCAAUGUAAAAUAACUGAUCUUCAAAAUAAAUUAACAGAAGCGGAAUUGAGCAAUAAUUUAAUGACGAAUAGACUGGAUGAGCAGCAACAAAUGCUACAAAAUCUUCUAGAAGAAAAGAAUGAAUUUGAUCGUACUGCUUCUGAAAUGCAAAAUAAAUUAAAAGAAGCGGAAGAAAUCAAUCACUCGAUAAGAAAUGAAUUAAACGAGCAACAGUUAGAAAUCCAGAAAUAUCAAGAUCAAGAGAAGCAGAUUGCACAACUUAAAUCUGAGAAUCACCAACUUGAACUUACUAUCGAUGAACUUCAAGAGCAACUAAUAGACACAAAAGUAAUAAUUAACGCAAAGGAAAAUGAGAUGGAUGAAAACCAGCAAGAUUUAAAUAGAUUUCAACAUCUAGAGAAUAUUAUCCAAGAAAAAAUGGAAGUUGAACGAAUCAAUAGUAUGUUAAGAGACGAAUUGAAAGAACUAGAACUAAUGAAUGGUUCGAUGAAAAGUAAAUUAGAUGCACAGGAGCUAUAUAUACAAAAGACUUGCAAUUUGGAGAAUCAGGUUGACAGUCUUGCAAUCGAGAGAAAUGAAUUCAAAGGUAUAAUUAAUGAAUUGGAAGAGAAAUUGAGAGAAGUAGAACUAAUAAACAGUUCACUGCGAAAUAAAUUAGAUGAAUAUGAAGCAAAUACACAUGAAAUUGACAGUUUAGAGACCUCUCUUACACCUGAAAAUAACUCUGAACAGAUUAUUUCGGAAUUGCAAAAGAAAUUAAAGGAAGCAGAAUUGUGUUACAAUUUAAUCAAGGAGGAAUUAAAUGUGCGUCAAGCGGAAGUGCAGAAAAUGAUUGAGGAACAAGGCAAAUCUAUUGAAAAUUUUGCAGUUGAAAGAAAUAAAUUGGAAGAUACAAUUCAUAAGCUACAAGAAAAGUCAAAGGAAGCGGAACUGGAUAAUAAUUUAAUGAAGGAUAGAAUAAAUGAACAGGAAUUGCAGUUGCAGAAGAGUCAUGAUAUGGAACAAGAGAUUGAACGUCUCACAUUGAAAAUAAAAAACUUCGAGUCUAUGGUUCACGAGUUCGAAGAAAAGCUGGCCAAUUCUCAGCAUCGUAUUUCAGCCAGAGACGAAUCGGAUGGAGAACAAUUACAAAAGAUUCAAUUAGAUGCGCAAGUCGCAAGUCCGAUAUCUGAAAGAAAUGAACAGGACUCUAUAACAUCACAUCAACAAUCAAAGAGUCCUGAAAAGGAAUUAACGGACAAUCAAAGCAGAGACGAAAUUAAUUAUCUGGAUAGUCGUAUAAAUGACUCGCAAAGUAUUUGGGAUAUACAGAACGAAAAUACAUACUUGAAAGAACAGGCAGCGAAAUCGAUAUCGGAUAACGAACACAACUUAAGCAACGGUGAUUCGAAAACUAUAGAUGAUUUAUCAAUUUCGAGGAUGUCUCUAGAUGAUAGCGCUAAAUUAUCUGCAGAUCUUGUUUUAAAAAAUCAAGAAUUAGAUGAAAUAAAGCACGAUGUGCGAAGCUUAAAAGCGGACAUAGAAAAGUUACAGAAAACUAUAUAUUUGUUAACAACCGAGAACAGCGAUUUGGCAAGUAAAUUAAUAAUGGAGAAGGAAAGUAACGAGAGAUCAGCUAUUCAAUCUCAGCAGACCAUCGAUGAGCUUUACGCGCGAAACUCAAAGAUAUUGAAGGAAAAACUCGAGCUGGAGAAUAAUUUAGCAAAUCUUAACGAACAAUUAGAAAUCCUUCGCUCGAGAAUGCCCGAGGUGAACUUAAACGAAGAGCAGAUGACUCACAAGUAUGAAGAACAGAUCAAUUCAUUGACAGAAAGAAAUACAGAAUUGGUAUCCGAUAUCACAGACAAAACGAAAGAACUUGAAAUGUUAAAAGAGAGUAAAUCGCUUCUGUUUGAACACGAGUGCAGCUACAAAGAUAAAUUAACGGAUCUUAUGGAGAAACAUAAAGAUUUAACAGUCGAAAACAGUGAACUUUCCACUGAUUUGAUGGACAAAAUCGAAGAGAAUGAAGGAUUAAGACAAGAGUGUGACAUUCUACAGAGUAAACUAAAAUUGUCACUGGAGAAUAAAGAGAAUAUUGGUAACAGCGAUACGGAGCAACUGAGAACGGAGAAUACUCUGUUGAAAACCGAGCUGGUGGAGCUGAAAACUAACAUGAAAGUUUUAAACGAAGAAAACUCGAAAAUAUCCAGUCAAUUAAUGGAAACCAUAGAAGACUUAGACAAUGCACGAAAGUGCAAUUCUGGUAACGAUACCAUGCAUUUGUCGACAUUAUUCAACACCAAUACCUUAAAUGAUACAAUGGAUAAAUCUAUGUUAGACGACAAUGCCGAAGCAAAAAUCGUAAGUCUGCAAGAGGAAGUUAAACAUCUCAAGGAUCUCAAUGGAAAGCUUAGCGAUUUAAAAUUAAGUGCCUGUACUCAAUGCAUUCAUUUGAACGAGUUAAACGACAGCCGAAGAACGCUCAAGCUCGAGGUGAAGAAUCUUAAUCGUAAAUUGGAGUACUAUGAGAGAAAGUUCAAUAGCAAAUCCGCACAGAGCGACGCGCUUAUGCUAAAGGCUAAAGAAGACGUAAACAUAAGUAUGUGCAACUUAUCUCUUAAUGCCAGUUUCUCGGAGAACAUGAAUGUCAGCUACGUCGAAGAAAGACUUGUAUCUCUAAAGAACGAAUUACAAAUUUGGAAAGAGGAUCAUAAUAAGCUAUCGGAAUUGUAUGAAGAAAAAUGUAAUGAGUUUGAAGAACUGCAAAAUAACACGAUCACGGAUUCGACGCCGACCGAUGAUGUACAGAUUUCCAGCACCAAGAAAUCUCCAAGUAGAAGUUCAUCAAGAUUAGAAAAUAUCGAAAAAGUUAUGAGCGAUUUGCAAAAUGAUUUCAAGAAGAUAAAAGAAAACAACGAAAGCGUCAAGACAGAUCUUGCAAAGUUUACUAAUGAGAAAGAAUCGCUAGUGGAUAAAAUUAAUACGUUGAAGACCGCUAAUGAACAGUUGUUGCAGAAAUUGUCGGAAAGUGAACUCGUUCAUACUACUGCUUUAGAGAAAGCCGAUAUCCUCGAAAACGAGCUAAAAGAUAUGACGAAAAAGCUUCAAGAAAUUACAGUAAAGUAUAAACAGAUUGAAAAUGCAAAGCUACUCCUUGAAGUCGAAGCGGAAAGUCUAAAAGAAAACAAAGUGAUGAAAGAACAAACAGUAAAUGAUUUACGUCAAAGCCAUUCCUGCUUAGAACGCGAAUUAGAUUUAAUAAAGAAAGAGAAAGAAGCGCUCAACAACGACAUCGUUCUUUUGGAGCAAAAAUAUAAGGAAGAACUAGAAUCACUAAAGGCAACGAACGGAGAAUUGAUCAACUCUAAAGCAACUAUCUCGCAGGAAUUUGCUAAUUAUUCUAAAGAUUCGGAAAAUAGAUUGACGGAACUUAAUGAAAAGAUAAAUAAGUGCACUUUCGAAAACGAUUACUUAAAACAGGAAUUGAUCAAGCUGCGCGACAUAGAAGAUAAAUUUGAGAAGAUGAAAACUGAGUAUCAAUCCAAGUCACAGCAAGAUAAGACAUUAGCCGACGAUAACAAGAAGCUGAAAAAUGUUUUGACUGACACUUCUAAGAACAUCGUUAAGGAGAUCAAGUCUCUCAAACCUAAAGUCGACACUCGGGAAUUUAUGGAUAAAUCGGUGGAUGAGCUGUUCCAGAUAUUCUUGCAAACUAUUUUGAUGAAAGAGAAGGAAAUAGUGAAGACUAUGCAGGAGCAUUUCGAUAAGGAGAAGGAAAAGCUCGUGGAUGAAAAGCGGCAGAGCGUAGACGCGGAAAAACGUACGUCGCUGUGGGCGAGAGAACUGGAGUGCGACAUAGAUAAACUUCAGAAGGACUUGUCCGAGCGAGAAAUUGCAUCUGAGGGAUUGCAGAAAGAAAUAGCGCGCUUGGAGCAACUUUUGGAAGAGAGUAAUCACGACCGAGAGGUAUUGAGAGAGAAGAAUAGCCUGCUCGAGGCGGAUCUCAAUAACUUGCAAAUUGAAUACAAUAAAUAUUGUAAGAUCGACACGGUGAAUGAAGAGGCCAUCACUAUUGCGCAGAAACGAGAGAAGCAAGCGCAAGAAAUGUUCAAGAAUAAAGAAACAGAAUUUCAGAUGAAGUUAAAGUCUGAGAAGGAGGCGUACAACAAGCGGCUCGAAGAUCUCACGUGCACAAUAGAGUCGUUUAAGACGAAAAAUAUGGAACUGGCGAGUAACAUCGAGGGUCUCGAAGCUAAUCAGAAGCAACUGAAGAACAUUAUCGACCUAAAAAAUAACGAAUUAAUGAAAAACAAUCAAAUUAUUCAAAAAAUGCAAGUCGAAUUGGAGCAGCUCACGGAAGCUCACAAUGACUUGAAUAAGGAAUUGCACGAGAAAGAGUUACGUAUCGCGGAAAUCAAGGAACUUCUGAAAACUAAAUGCGACGAGCUGACGGAGUAUAAAGCUAAUUUCGAGACGAUCGUGCCCGAGAACAAGCUGUUGAAGCAACAGAUCAACGAGCGGAAAGCCAGCAUAGAGCAGUACAAGGUGGAAAUAGAGAUCCUGAAAAUGGGAAACAAGAAGGAGAUCGAUGCGAUUCAAGAUCAAUUGAACUUUGUGAAACUGAAGAAUGUCGAGUUGAACAAGCAGAUAGAUGAAUUAAAUAACAAGAACGUAGCCUUGACGGAAGAGACGAACGCUUUAAAAGACGAUUACAAGACGUUACAACAUAAGUGUACGACAUUGGAAAGGCGAGUCAGGAAUAGUACGAGUAAGGUCCAGGCGGAAGAACGAAUGGAAGAACUGAAGGACUUGAAUAGGUCUUUGCGAAAUAAUUUGGACGGUGCUAGCAAUCGGAUAACGGAAUUACAAGCUGUGAAGGCCGAUCUGAUGAAGCAACUGGUUAUCUUAAGUAGCCAGUACGACGCGGUGUGCAAAGACAAUCAGGAACUGAAAGAAGCUAUGUCAUCGUUCAGGUCCAGACAUAAUGAUACAUAUACAGCCUGCGAGAAGUUCGACGACUUGCUACAAGAGAAGAACAAAAUUGCAUUAGAACUAGAAGCGACGAAAGUUCAGUUGAAUCAGAAGAACAGGGACAUCGAGAAUUAUACCAGCGCGAUAAAGGAAUUGACAGAAAAGAACGCGGAGCUCGAUCGAGAAUUGGACGAGUUGGCAGAAGUUAUUCGCGAGCAUGACACCGAGAACGCGAGGCUUCAAGACAAGUAUUACGCGUGUCGUGUCGAGACUGACGAACUACAGGACAAGAUCAAAGCUCUCGAGAGGAAAGAUCCAAAUUAUCAGUCGCGAACGAGCUUUUCGUCCUCCGACAGGGCUGACAAGUCUCACGAUGAUGAAUGCAAUUGCGUGACGUUGAAGACCAAGAUACGAGAGUUGCAACUGGAGGUGGUGUCGAAGAAUGGAAAGAUCGCGACGUUGGAGCUGCAAAUACGUAGCGGAAGUUUCCCAUAUCAGGCGAAGUGUAAAGAACUACAGGAACAGGUAUCGGCGUAUAAUAACAAGAAUAGCGAGCUAAAAGCGGAAAUCCAACGACUGCAGUUGGCCUUGGUGCGUACAAGCGUGAAAGAAUGUGACGUAUGCAAACAGAGACUUGUAAAUAGGAGAGAUCAAACAUGUCAGACGAUGCCGAACAACUUAUUGCGACUUUGCGGCACAAGCAGCGGCAUAAUCGAUGAUGACAUAAGAAUAAGGAAAUUGGAGAAGGAGAAGCAGAUCAUGAAAGACGUGUGCCGGUCUCGAUCGAGGACUAUAAAAGAACUCGAGAAGCAAAUAGAAGAGUACGAGAAGUUGUUCCAUUCCAAAAAUUCAUGAUUUACGAGAAUAUUUCACCGCGUUGCCAUAUACUGACCAAAUUAUCAUCGAUUACUGUAAUUAUUAAAUUGUGUGAUUCUGGUGGCCUUCCGGUGGAAUUGAACAUUGAUGGCUCUAAUAAUUGCUCUAAAGUUUACAUAAUAUAUAGAGCAUAUAAAAUGUAAAUAUUUUUAAUGUUACGAUAAUACCAGAUGUAGAGUUUUAUA